CGGAGCCGCCCAGCCUGGGCCAGCCGGGGCAGUAGCAACCGCGGGGAGGGCUGGUGUUUCCCCAGAGCCUCCUCCGGAGCUAGGAAGAUGCUACAGGGCCUGACUUCGGGAAGUGAGGAAGAGGUGGAUGAGAGGGAGAGUUCCAUAGAAGAUCCAGAAGACCUAAAAGAACUUGUCACCCUGGCUUUUGUGAGAGAGAACACACAAAAGAGGCUUCAGAACGCCCAGCAGCAUGGCAAAAAGAAGAGGAAGAAAAAAAGAUGAUUGGCGAUCAAUCUAUCCAACUGCCGGUAUGACAGCGUGCGCAGGGCCGCUCAGCAGUAUGGCCUGCAAGAGGCGGGUGACAAUGAUGACUGGACCGUCUACUGGACCGACUACUCCGUGUCGCUAGAGCGCGUGAUGGAGAUGAAGAGCUACCAGAAAAUCAAUCACUUUCCUGGCAUGAGUGAGAUCUGCCGCAAGGACUUGCUGGCCCGGAACAUGAGCCGCAUGCUAAAGCUGUUUCCUAAGGACUUCCAUUUUUUCCCUAGGACCUGGUGUCUUCCUGCCGACUGGGGAGAUUUGCAGACUUACGGCAGGUCAAGAAAAAAUAGGACUUACAUUUGUAAGCCGGACUCGGGCUGCCAAGGGAGAGGCAUAUUCAUUACCCGGACAGUGAAAGAGAUCAAGCCAGGGGAGGAUAUGAUCUGCCAGCUUUAUAUUUCAAAGCCCUUCAUCAUCGACGGGUUCAAGUUUGACCUGCGGGUUUACGUACUGGUGACCUCUUGUGACCCUCUCCGGGUUUUUGUGUACAAGGAAGGACUGGCUCGUUUUGCCACGACCUCUUACUCCCACCCCUGCACAGACAACCUGGAUGAGAUCUGCAUGCAUCUGACUAACUAUUCUAUCAAUAAGCACAGUUCCAACUUCGUUCAAGAUGCUCACUCUGGCAGCAAGAGGAAGCUCUCCACCUUCAACUCAUACAUGAAGACCCACGGCUAUGAUGUGGAGCAGCUCUGGAUGUCCAUAGAGGAUGUCAUCAUCAAGACCCUCAUCUCGGCUCACCCAGUAAUCAAACACAACUACCACACCUGCUUCCCCAGCCACACACUCAACAGCGCCUGCUUUGAAAUCCUGGGCUUUGACAUCUUGUUAGAUCGGAAACUCAAACCCUGGCUGCUAGAGGUCAACCAUUCUCCAAGCUUCUCCACUGACUCCAAGUUGGAUAAAGAGGUAAAAGACAGUCUGCUUUACGAUGCGUUGGUCCUCAUCAACCUGGAAAGCUGUGACAAAAAGAAAGUCUUAGAGGAAGAGAAACAGCGGGGACGAUUCCUUCAGCAGUGUCCUUCUCGGGAGAUGAGAAUGGAGGAAGUCAAGGGUUUCCAGGCAGUGAGGUUACAGAAAACAGAGGAAUAUGAGAAGAAAAACUGUGGCGGGUUCCGGCUCAUCUACCCUGGUCUGAAUCUGGAGAAGUACGAGAAGUUCUUCCAGGACAACAGCUCCCUCUUCCAGAAGACUGUUGCUUCCAGAGCCCGGGAGCUGUAUGCCCGGCAGCUGAUCCGGGAGCUGAAGGAGAAACAGGAAAACAAAUUCUCCCUAAAGACAGAGAAGAAAGCAGAGACGCAGGGCGAGUCUGCGGGCGAGCAGGCAAGAGACAAGGCCCUGAGGACGCAGCAGCGACAGAGACAACAGCAGAAGUGCAAGACGGUCACCCAUCCCCCCAAACAAUCCUACCAACCCAUGGCUUUAGUGUCCUGCACGCCUGGCCUGUUCCUGAAUAUCAGAGGCAUAAGGAAAAAUGAAACUGCCGGCAGCCUCUACCAGAAAGGCCCCAAGGAGGUCAGCCUCACUCCCUGGAAGUCCACGUCCACCAGACACCACAGUUCCGUCCCUGACCUGAGGAGUUCAAACUUCAACUGCUUUGGGACAGAGCUCCAUAAGUCUAGUCCCAAAGCCAAGGAAGUCAAAUCAGCCUUCGUGGUGAACAUAAUCAGCAGUGCCCUGCCCUUAACAUCUGUAGGAAUCUCCCCAGAAGCCACCGCCCAGCUCGCCACCUCUCUAGACUCCCUGUCCACCAGCGCUGAGUGCAGCAGCCCCGACAGCAUCCACAUGAUCUCCUCUAAGUACAUGCAGCAGAAGGCCUCCCAAAAGCUGGCCCAGGAGAAAAAACCCAAGCCCCCCACGGCUUCCAAACCCGAGCCUUUGGAGCGCAGCUGGACCUUGCUAAGGAACGACAUGAAGAGGCAGCGGCUGAUGUCAGACAUACUGCGGACGGUUCAGAUGAGGAAGAAACGCUCCUUGUUUCUGGCUCCCAAGUCACAAAACCGGCCCUUGUCCAAGGAGUGGUACCCCAACAGCCGCAGCUCUGGCAGGAAGAGAGAGAGGGACACGCCCUCCAUCAUCCUCCUGCAGGCUUCUCACAGCCAUGCUGAAUCUCUGAAUGACCUUCUGGUAGUCGCCACUCAGGCCCGUCUGGACCCUCGGCCUAGCAGAAGCCACUCAGGUACUAGAAGGGACCCGGGAGCACAGGACCCGAAGCACACAGCCAAUGCCUGAUCGUUGAUCAGAAAAGACGUGAGAGGAGUCAGGGUCUACAAUGUCUACAGAAUGGACCGGAAGUUUCAUUUCCUCAUCUGGAAAUUCUGCUCUGAUAAACACGUCUCACUGGCACCUCUGAGGACAGUGGCCUUCUGUUGUUCUGUGCCCUCCCAGUUAGUUCACAGUGCUGUGUGUGGGACCAGGACUUUUGUGGGGAUUGAGGGGUACUUCUUAGGACAAGGUCCAAUAGUCGCCUCAGCU